GAUGCGAGCAGUCAAAAUUUAAAGUCAGUGCUAGAGAAACAAAAGUAUCCACCCCGUAUAAUCGACGAUGCAAUCAGAAAAGCCAAACAACUGAACCGCGCAGACCUCAUCAGCCCGCGCCCCACGCAAAGCGCCACACAACGCACAAAUCUAUGUCUAACUUAUAGCAUAAACCAUCCUAAUGUAAAUAAUGUCUUGAGACGACAUUAUAACAUUCUCGAACAAAGCGAGCGCCUUAAACGCGCGUUUCCAUCCGCCCCGGGGGUAGUCCACAGACGAUCGCGUAACCUCAAAGACGCGCUAGUAAACUCUCGGAUAAAUUCAUCGCCUCCACCUAACGAAUGUAGGCCUUGCAGGCACCCAGGAUGUCUAAUCUGUAAACAGAUGCAGCACACAAGCACGGCCAGCAGCACGCACUCGCAGUUCUCGAUCAAAAUUAAAGGGAACUUAACAUGUGCCUCGUCGAAUGUCAUUUACUUAUUCGAGUGUACGGUAUGCAAAAUGCAAUACAUAGGGCAGACUAGAACGGCAUUUAGACUGCGCUUUAAUAAUCACAAAUCUCACGCCAUAAAUCUUCCGGCACUGCCUUUAUCCAAACAUCUCGCUCUCCCAAAACAUUCUUUUGAUAAAUUGUCAGUGACGCUCCUAGAAUCUGGAUUUAAAUCAAAUCGCGAACGUGAACAGCGUGAAUCCUACCUAAUUUACCGAUUUAACACUAUUAAACAAGGAAUAAAUGAAAGCCCCGGUACUCUGGCAUCGAUUAAAAUGCUA